AUGUUCACCCGAGCUCUAUCGAGCUCCUUCAGUUUUGCCGGGGUCGUACGCGACCUUCUGCAGCUAAUCUUAACAUCAUGGACCCUAGCAGCCGUUUAUACUGAUGGCGCUGUUGUAUCACGGCAGCGAGGCUACCUUUGGGACCGCGCAAUAUUACCGUCGGUGGCGUUUCGAGGGAGAAUCGCUCCAAAUCCAGCUUUCGUAACACAUCCAGCUACUUACAACCAUCAUGGCCUGGAAUUUGAGCCGCUGGGUGAUAUAAUGCAUACAUCUGUGCGACUCCACGCCGUGCCCUUUACGCCUUUCUAUAAUGGCACACCGCAGGGCACGCCGAAUCAACACCCGGGGGUUGGGCGGUGGCGAGGAACUGCAUAUGGAGAUGCUGCAUACGGCGUUAAUGACUUCGGUGGACGUGGGAUAUAUCCCAACGGAUACAGGACUGCUCCAUAUGUCAAUCAUAGUUACCAAGGCCAUGUAUAUCCACCAACUCCUGGGACAGCAAAUGGAUAUCAGCAAUAUAUGAUGACACAGAAUCCUGUGUACACUCCAUAUGCCCCUAAGCCCGUAGACAGUGCCUAUGAUGGUGGCGUUGGAUUCGGCCAAUCAGGAGCUAUGGCGGCACCAAAGGCAGGAUACACGUGGCCAUCUUCAUCGUCAUACAGUACCUACAAUCCUAAUACAUACGCUGCGAAUGUACGACAGGGCACCUUUGACAUGCCUGCUGAAAAGACAGCUGCUGGUGGCGUUUAUGGAAGCGAACGACUGCGGUCGAUCGACGAUAACCGUAUACGUUAUAAUAGUCAACAGGAUAAGGGCAAACGCCCUUAUAUUUCAAGCAGAGAAUACCAUUGCUCAUUCCGUAGGCUCACCAACGAUGUUGUCUGGUUCUACGACUACACCCCCAAUGAGGAGUGGCCUGGUACUAGCAAACUUAAACUGGGCGAACCAUUUUACGCUGUUAUUCGUAAUUGGUUAACACCGGUAAACGGUGUUGUUCUAUCUGUAGACAAAAUGGUAGAGUGUUGUCUAGUGGCGGACGGUGUGCCUCAAGAGUUUCGCACUCCCACUAUGCGAUGCCAUUUCAAAGCUGAAAGCGUAGUUGAAGUUAGGCUCAAAUGGCCACAGGAAUACGACGACAAAGGAAGACCCAUAGUGGUGAUGAACAUGGAGAAGGAUUAUUUGUCGCCCUUACACCAUGUGGGCCAGUUGGUGUGGAGUACACCUAUGAUGAUCAAUGGUAACCAGGCGAUCAUGCGUUUGGAAGAUACGGACGAACUGGCAUUAUUAUACUUCUGUGAGUUAUGCACAGAUGUUUUGGAUAACGAAAAAUACAAGUUCACCCACUUUUUGUCAAAGGGUGAUAGGAUUCAAAUCCAACUAACUCACGGACCAUCAUUUCCCAAGUACUCCAGUUACCGCGCGCGAUUACCAUGGAAUUCACCAACACGGCUAGAAUGGGCUGAAAAAUAUCCAGAAAUCAAGGAGCUAAUUGCUCCCUGCGAAUACGACACACGUUUCAUAACCAGCCGAGACCCUUACUCAUUAUCCGGUACAUUUUAUAAUGGGAGAGCAUCACGAGAGCCAUUUGAAAACCGGGAGAACAAGUUUGAGGAGGACAUAUACGCUCUCCUUCCUACCCCGACGUCUCCAUUGAGUAUUAGCGAGUUCACACGCCGUAUUGGUGGGAAACUAAAGGAUGUAUUAAGGUUCCUGCUACUCCAGGCCCAGGCACCCAUCGAUAAGAAUGCCCCUCUUUCAGUAAAUUUGGCCAAAAGCGUAUACAACUUUGUGGCAGGUCGCACUGAAUUCAACGAUAUCGACGAACACAUGAGGGAGAGAGAAAUGGAAAUUCUCAAAGGUAAGAGCGAGCUUGUGAGUCUCGAGCGUCCUCCGGUGGUAGUGUUAAUGGGUCACAUCAACCAUGGCAAAACAGCGCUUUUCGACAUGCUGACUAAUAGCACUAAUGUCGAAAACGAACCCGGCAAUAUCACUCAGACGGUACGCACUUACACAACAUCGGGAGAGUGUCCUAUGACGCUCAUUGAUACUCCAGGUCAUGAGGUUUUCUACGCCAUGCGGCGCUGCGGCGCAGGCAUAGCCGAUAUCGCACUGAUUGCCGUAGAUGCUGUUGAGGGUCUAAAGGAGCAGAGUAUUGAGUCAAUAAAGCUUUGCAAGAGCCUUAGGAUCCCCUUUAUCAUUGCAGCGACGAAAUGUGAUCUGCCUAAUGCACAGAACCGUGCGGAGGAGCUUGCUAUACAGUUGAGUGAUGUGGGCGUCCUUAUAGAAGGUCUCGGUGGAGACAUUCAAUUCCUGCAGGUGUCCUCGAAGCAGGAUACCGAUAACUCCAAACAAGCUAUUUUCAACGCUAUUAUGCUACAGUCCGCUGCCAGUGAUGACAGCGUGGUAACGGAUACACCUGGUAUUAGUGGUCGCGGGUUCGUGCUAGAAUCUGGCAAAGGCCAACGGUCUGCUCCAUAUUGUCUAGCGAUAAUAAAGCAGGGUGUCAUAACGAAAGGUGGUUAUUUCGUUUCUGGCAAGUCCUUCGCGAAAAUUAAUGGGAUGAAGACACCAGAUGGCAAACGUGUCACCAGCGCCAAACCGUCACAGGCCGUAUUUGUAGAUGGUUUUGAAGAUGACAUUCUCCCAAGUCCAGGCACACCAUUCGUCAUAUAUGACAAUGAGAAUGAUGCGCGGUGCAUUACAGACCAUACGUUGGAAACAGAACUUGCGCAGAGGGCGGCAUCUGAAUUGCAGAAGAAGAUCAACGACGGUAUUAAUGUCCUGUCUGACCGGAUUGUGAAAGACCAUUCGGUUAAACAGAUACCUGUAUUGAUAAAAGGCGGUACACAGGGUUCUGUGGAUGCUGUGAAACUAGCGACAUCCGAAUUGAAAGUUGAAGGCAUGACCCGCACUGGUGUCUAUGACAUUAUAUCUACUUCUGUGGGUCCGAUAUACAAGUCGGAUAUUUUGGAUGCCCAUGAUUCCAAGGCCGUGAUUCUCGGGUUAGACAGUGCCAUUCGUGCCGACGCCAAGGUGGAGGCGAAGAAGUUAGGUGUAACGGUGAUUACAAGUGACGUCAUCUACGAUCUAAUGGACCGAGCUCUGGAGGCGUUACGCGAAGGUUUGGGUGAUCGCCCUUUGACCGCUCUUUUCGGUACUGCGCGCGUGCUCAAGGUAUUCGAUGCUGUCAAGAACACCAAGGCUGCUGGUUGCGUCGUUAUGAGAGGUCGUAUCCCUAAAGAUAGUGCUGUACGUGUGCUCCGGGAUAACAAGCCGGUUUUCGCGGGCAAACUGUCGUCUCUGAGACAGACUACGGAUAGCAUAGAUGAGGCAGUUGAGUCUCAAUCGUGCGGUAUGAUUUUUGAUGGAUGGAACGACGUGAAGGCCGACGACAUCAUUGAAGCGUACGCACCCUGA